GUGCUCAUGGUUCUGAUUCUGCGCCUCAUCCAACUGAAAGGAAAGCUACAGCCACUCCAGAUCAACCGUGUGCAGCCGGGGUAUAUACAGCCCCCAUACUAUUGCCACUUGUGGCUCAUUUGCUUGACUCAUUUGGCGCAUUAGGUAACCUGGAAAGGUUUACGAGCACGCAUGGCCGUAAUUUUUACAAGCUAGAAACCACAGGCCUUGAGGUGAUCAGACUUCGCAAAGAGCCGAGCCUUAUCGCGGCGACCCUUUCGUCAGAUCAAACCAGUGUCGCUCCAUUUUGGGCUGGGAAGCAACUGGAUUGGUCCAUCGGGAAAUAA